AUGGCGCGGACAAAGCAAACGGCGCGGAAAUCCACGGGCGGGAAGGCGCCCCGCAAGCAGCUGGCCACCAAGGCUGCCCGCAAGAGCGCGCCGGCCACGGGCGGCGUCAAGAAGCCGCACCGCUACCGGCCCGGCACGGUGGCGCUGCGCGAGAUCCGCCGCUACCAGAAGUCCACGGAGCUGCUGAUCCGCAAGCUGCCCUUCCAGCGCCUGGUGCGCGAGAUCGCGCAGGACUUCAAGACCGACCUGCGCUUCCAGAGCUCGGCCGUCAUGGCGCUGCAGGAGGCCAGCGAGGCUUACCUGGUGGGGCUCUUCGAGGACACCAACCUGUGCGCUAUCCACGCCAAGCGAGUCACCAUCAUGCCCAAGGACAUCCAGCUGGCCCGCCGCAUCCGCGGCGAGCGCGCCUGA